UGGAGCAGUGACACUCGGGAGUGCACACACAAUCCCCGCUCCAGCCACAGAGAGCGGAGCACUGCGCCGGGUCGGCCGCGCUCUCCCACUUACCGGUGCGCCCAGCGCCCAGGGCGAGCGGCUGCCCGCAGACCCACCCGCCUCGCUGCAUCCUCCCGCCACCCGGCCCGCACGCUCCGCGCCCUUUGAAAGGACCUCCCGCUGCUUCCCGGCUCUGCCCGGUCCCCCGGCCCGCGCCGCUCCCGCUCCACUUCGCGGCAACUUCGGCGGCCGCGCGCCGCCAGCUCUUCGCCGGCCUUUGAAGUUAACGGCGCCCGCCGCAAAGUUGGGACACUUGGGCCGGCUGGUUUUCCUCCUAUCUGCUUCCGCCCCUGCCCUCCCGUCCCUUUGGUUCCUGGAUACCAGUGCUUGGCAUCUUGGCCGGAGCCGGGACGUGGACUGUUUCGCACGCCACACCUCGGGGACGGAUCUUUCCUCUGCCCCCCUGGAAAAGCAAACAUAUUUUAAGGAUGGUGCUGCUCUGCUGGAGUCUGCUGUGGCUGCUGCUUCCUCUCGGCUCUAGGGCCCAGAAGCUGCCCACUCGAGACGAGGAGCUUUUCCAGAUGCAGAUCAGAGACAAGGCGUUGUUUCACGAUUCAUCGGUCAUUCCAGAUGGGGCGGAAAUCAGCAGCUAUCUCUUCAGAGACACUCCUAGAAGGUACUUCUUUGUGGUCGAAGAGGACAACACCCCGCUCUCGGUCACGGUGACGCCCUGCGAUGCACCCCUGGAGUGGAAGCUGGGACUGCAGGAGCUGCCCGAGCACAGCAGCGGGGAGAGCUCAGGUGACCGCGAGCCCCUGGAGCAGCAGAGGCAGCAGGCCACCCACGAGCAGGGCACGGAGCUCUUCUCCUACCGCGGCAACGCCGUGGAAGCCUUCCUGUCCUCCAGCUCCCCUGCCGGGCUGUACCAGCUGGAGCUCCUCUCCACCGAGAAGGACACGCAUUUCAAAGUGUACGCCACCACCACCCCAGAGUCGGACCAGCCGUACCCGGAGCUCCCUUACGACCCCCGGGUGGACGUGAUGGCCCUGGGGCGCACCACGGUCACGCUGGCCUGGAAGCCGAGCCCCACCGCCUCCUUGCUGAACCAGCCUGUCCAGUACUGUGUGGUCAUCAACAAAGAGCACAACUUCAAAAGUCUCUGUGCUGUGGAAGCCAAGCUGGGUGCGGAUGACGCCUUCAACGGUCCCCAACCUGGCCUCGACUUCAGUCCCUUCGACUUCGCGCAUUUCGGGUUUCCUCCUGACCACCUGGGCAAAGAGCGCAGCUUCCUGGCAAAGACUUCUCCCAAACCGGCCCGUCCUGUCCACCUGAGGCCCAAGACCGACAUUCAGAAAGUCUGCAUAGGCAGCAAGAACAUCUUCACGGUCUCGGACCUGAAGCCCGACACGCAGCACUACUUUGACGUCUUUGUGGUCAACACUAACACCAACAUGAGCACCGCCUACGUGGGCACCUUCGCCAGGACCAAGGGCGAGGCCAAGCAGAAGACCCUGGAGCUCAAGGACGGCAAGGCGACGGACGUGUUUGUCAAGAGGAAGGGGGCCAAGUUUCUCCGCUUUGCUCCAGUCUCUUCUCACCAGAAAGUUACCUUCUUCAUUCACUCUUGCCUGGAUGCUGUCCAGGUCCAAGUAAGAAGAGAUGGGAAGCUUCUUCUGUCCCAGAGCGUGGAGGGCAUCCGGCAGUUCCAGCUGAGAGGAAAACCCAAAGCCAAGUACCUCAUCCGACUUAAAGGAAACAAGAAAGGGGCUUCCAUGCUGAAAAUCCUGGCGACCACAAGACACGGCAAGCAGUCCUUCCCCUCUCUCCCCGAAGACACGCGGAUCAAAGCCUUCGACAGGCUCCGCACCUGCUCCUCAGCUACGGUGGCGUGGCUGGGCACCCAGGAGAGGAACAAGUUCUGCAUCUAUAGAAAAGAGGUGGACGAUCACUACAACGAAGAGCAGAGGAAGAGAGAGCAGAACCAGUGCCUGGGACCAGACACCAGGCAGAAGUCCGAGAAGGUCCUCUGCAAGUAUUUCCACAGUCAGAACCUGCAGAAAGCAGUGACCACAGAGACAAUCAAAGGUCUCCAGCCCGGCAAGUCUUACCUGCUCGAUGUUUACGUCAUUGGACAUGGGGGGCACUCUGUGAAGUACCAGAGCAAAGUCGUAAAGACCAGGAAGCUCUGCUAGGUUCCGCAGGAGGGACCUCGAGUCACUUUACCUGUUGAUUGACAGCUCCCACAGAAGUCGUGACCUGUGCUCGUGCUACGGAAGGAAGGAGAUCCACGUGAAUACUGAUGUCUACCUGAGCUGCCGAGAGACCCGCUCCAGCAUGCUUUCCGGCACCUAGUGUGCAUCCGAGGCUGCUGGACAUCAAGGACACGGGACACCUUGAAGGAACUGCCACCCCUCGCUCUGACCACUGCAUGAACUGCUUCUAAAUUAUUUUAUUACCCAGAAGUUUAAAGUACGCCAUUCAUUGCACACAUCCACAAAUGCAAAUCAUUCCUCUCUAUAGAUGCUAGGAGAUAUAUAUAUAUAUAUAAAUAUAUAUAAAUUAUUUUAUAAAGUCUUGUUUUAAAUGUCAGUGUUUCUAUGAUUGUAAACUAUUAAGUUCUUUUCCUGUUAAGGACAGAUCUAAUCUAAGUAUCCUUAAGUGGACAGCCUUCUAGUCAGUUACAUUACUAUUGUAAAUUCUUAUUUGUUGAGUAAAAUGUUUAAAUUCUAUAUGUAUCUCAUGUACAAAGUUGACAUACAUUAUAGUCAUGUACAUAAAAUUAAAGAUCUUAGAUUAUACACUGUC